GCAGUAGGCAGGAGCACUUGGGCUAUUUUGAUUCUAUGAAAACGUUUUCUUCAAAGUCAUAAAAAUCACAGAAACGAUGUCUUCCACAAAAUACUGUGCAUUGAGUAUUUUUGCCUUUUUGCUAGUGGAUUUACUGCAGGCCCAGGUGCCUGCGCCCCCAUCGAGCCCGCAAAAACCUAUACCGGCGCCACCGGCUGCAUCAUCAUCCGGAGCUUCUGUUCCUGCACAGCAAGCCAGUAUAUAUUAUCCCUACGGUUGUUACUACUAUGGAAACAAUUACGGAAACUUACCCAACGCUCAAGCCUGUUCCAACAGUAAUGGUAAUCAACCCAAUGGAAAUUUACAGCUGCAAAACACUGCUAGCAUGAGUUAUGAUAAUGGAACCGGAACCUUUUUGGCCUCCUCUCAAACUGGAAACUCGGCUUCAGGAGAUGCCGCGUCCAUUUCUUCUUAUACGAGCGCUAACGCUUAUUCGCCCGUGAAUCCAGCACCAAUCAGCGAAGUGCAGAUUUCCGGCAGCGCCAAUAGCAACGGCAAUGGAGCAACCGGUAAUCUGAAUAACCUGGACAACAGUUCCUCUUCCGGCUUACCAAAUGCCGGCGCCACUCACUACAGUCAGUCACAAAUUAACGGAUCGGGCACCGGUCUCUCCCUGAACUCAAACGCCCAAGUUAACGGAAACGGUUAUAAUUUUGAUAACAAUAAGGCAGCGAAACGGGAAAGAGAGACAAACAAGAUAUUCUUCCAGCCAAAUGCUGCUGUACGCAGUGCAAUACGCCAAAAGGCGAUCAACCAAAAUGGACAAAAUUUAGUGGUUCGCCAACGCACAGCCAGUAAUCAAAUGCAAAAGCCACUUGUUUCCGUAAAUUUGGCACAAAAUCGCCGUUCGCGGCAGUAGACAUCUCUGUUAUGAUGUGUCGUGUAUCAAAAAAUAUUCUUUCUGUAUCAGCAAGAUAAAUCAAAAAUUAUGACACAUUAAGCCUGUGAUAUGUACAGUACUACCAUGCAAACUGUGAAACACAUACUGCAUUAAGUGAGAGAACAAGAGAUGUUCUGAAGAACAAUCUAAAAAUAAA